AUUCCGUGUUUUGUUGCAGAUAUGUGCAUACUUAGUUUUGACUGUGAAUAAGAAGUGUGAUCGUAUUAAAAGGAUUCUCAGUAGAAUCACUUAGAAAUCUCAUUCAAGAUGUUUUCGAAGUGUUGUUUCCUGUUUAUAAUUUUGUUAGUUCAUAUUAUUACGGCAGGAGAAGUCGGGGACAGUUGUACUCCUAGUGAAGAUGUAGAGGAUGGAAUAUGCACUCUCGUCACCAAUUGUAAAGUGGCCUUAAGACAAAUAAAAGACAAGAACUACCACUCAUUUGCAAGAUGUGGCUUCGAAGGAAUUACAGAAGUCAUGUGCUGUCCCAGCACAAACGUGAAAUUUGGUGAGACGACAGAAUCAACGCGUAGAGUUGACGAUAAUAAUGGUAACACGCGUCCAACCAAAAGAAUCGCGGAUGUAGAAUGCCAGAAGAUCAUCGCGUCAAGUAAACCGCCGUUGGACCUGCACAUUAUCGGCGGCGAGCAGGCUUCACUCGGGGAAUUCCCGCAUAUGGUGGCCUUAGGAUUCGAAGGUCAAUUCGGCUACCGAUUCGACUGUGGCGGCUCUCUCAUCUCCAACCGCUUCGUACUGACUGCCGCACACUGCGUCGACACGCCCGACAGGGUAGAGCCGACCGUGGUGCGCAUGGGAGUCAUAAACCUAGGAGAUGCGCAGUUUAACUCGGAAACCGACGUGCGCGUCGAGACGAUAUACAAGCAUCCCAACUACACACGCAGCCUCAAGUAUGACGAUCUGGCGCUUUUGAAGCUAGAGAAAGCGGUGCAGUUCGAUACCACGCUCAACGCGGCGUGUCUCUACACAAAAGACACAGAUCCUACCACCGCUCUCACCAUCACUGGCUGGGGCACUACCAGCACUACAAAGGACGCUCGCAGUAAUACGCUGCUAAAGGCGAACGUGACCAUAGUCUCGCGAACUAAAUGCAGCGAGUCCUACACUUCUACCAAAUGGCGCAAGUUGCCUAACGGCAUCUCGGACACGCAGGUCUGCGCUGGCGACCCCGACGGCCUGCGGGACACAUGUCAGGGAGACUCCGGCGGCCCCCUCCAGAGCCUGACGGAGCCGGACGGGCAGACUCGCCUGGUGGGCGUCACGUCCUUCGGUCGCGGCUGCGGCUCCGCCGUGCCCGGCGUCUACACGCGCCUCAGCCACUACCUCGACUGGAUCGAGAGCGUCGCGUGGCCAAGAUAAUAAUCACCCAGAUACCACGAUUUACAUGGAACCCGGAUAGUACUCUUUUUUCGCUAGUCAAAAUUGCCCCACAUUCCCGAGCGAGACAGAAAAUCAGAGCGGGGGUAGUCCGGCGGUUCCUCUCUUCAGCCCUGACCACUUGCAGCUUGGGCCCUGCCCUACUAGUUGGUUUUAUAAUGUAUUUAAUUUAGUACGUUCUAACCUUGUGUUUAAUUAUAAGUUUUAAAUGUAAUUUAAUAAGAUCUGAUCAUGCAUAUUAAAGUAAUACUCGUAUCUUCACUAGGUACACCUUAUAAAAUAAAGUCCGCCGCCGCGUCUGUCUGUUUGUAUGUAUGUAUGUAUUUUCGCGAUAAACUCGAAAACUUCUGAACGGAUGUUCAUGCGGUUUUCACCUAUCAAUAGAGUGAUUCUUGAGGAAGGUGGUGUAUAAUUUGUUAAGGUGUCGUGUAACCCGUGCGAAGCCGGCGCGGGUCGCUAGUGUUGAUAAUUAUUCAUAGUACUUUUUAAGGUCUGCCGAAAUUACAUGCCCUUAUCUAAGUUAUCUACUACCUAGCUUUUGUGAUUUAAAUACCUAGUUAUUUUAGUAACCCUUAAAUGUUUUGUUAAAGUUUGCCACCGAUUGUAAUGGUUAAUAUCCUGAAAUGGGCAACAUUCGUAGUAAAAUUCACAUUUGAAGACGUUAGCUGUAUGACAGUGAUACGUAAAAUUAAUAUUGCCACACCACACGCAUGAGGCGUAUUUACAUACUAUGAUAUUUAUUUAGGUGCGUCUCGCACAGAACGUCUAGGACGUCUUGCCUUUGACUCGCGCGAUUGAAGACAGAUGGAUCAAGUCGAGUAGGUCCAUAAACGAAUAUGUAGGUAUGUAUAUUAUAUCACGGAUUAAGGUUAUAAUAACAAUAGCCGCUUAAAUUAACACCUAAUAAAGACAGUCAAAAA